GUGAGAAAGUUUCAUUCGGGUGGGGAUGUCUGUAGCGCCAAAACUCAAACUUUUGUAAUUGAGCGGGAGAUAUUGUGCAGAACGUUCCAGGCUCGGGCUUCAGCGCUACAGAAGGUAAUAUGGCCACUCCACCGAAAAGGAUUUGCAUCGACGUGCCAGCAUCCCCCUCAGGCAACAAGUGCAAGGUCAAGAGGAUCUCCAUAGAGGGAAACAUUGCUGCAGGGAAAUCUACCUUUGUCAAUAUUCUCAAAAAGGCCAAUGAAGAGUGGGAUGUUGUUCCUGAGCCCAUAGCAAGAUGGUGCAAUAUUCAGAGCUGUAAAGAUGAAUUUGAGGAGCUAACUACCUCUCAGAAAAGUGGAGGUAAUCUACUCCAGAUGAUGUAUGAAAAGCCAGAGCGCUGGUCUUUCACUUUUCAGUCCUAUGCUUGUCUGAGCCGUAUCAGGGCCCAGCUGAAAGCUUUGGGAGGGAAGCUGAAAGAAGCAGAAAAUCCAGUGCUCUUCUUUGAACGCUCCGUCUAUAGUGACAGGUAUAUCUUUGCAUCCAAUUUGUAUGAGGCAGAGUGCAUGAAUGAAACUGAAUGGACUGUUUACCAGGAUUGGCAUGAUUGGAUGAAUUCUCAGUUCGGGGCAGAUCUUGAACUGGAUGGAAUUAUUUAUCUUCGCGCUAUCCCUGAGAAAUGUUUAAACAGGGUUUACACCCGUGGGCGGGAAGAAGAGCAAGGAAUUCCCAUGGAAUACUUGGAAAAGCUUCAUUACAAGCACGAGACAUGGCUUCAUCACAGAACUCUGAGAACGGAUUUUGAGUACCUGCAAGAAAUCCCCAUCCUGACUUUAGAUGUAAAUGAAGAUUUCAGAGAUAAUAAACAGAAGCAAGAGAGUCUUAUUGAAAAGGUGAAAGAAUUUCUGAGCACUUUAUAGUAACCAGAAAGAUACCUAAAGUUUUCCUGCUUCUGUGAAAUGUUUCUACAAUAUUUAUUAGCAGAUUUUGAGAGACUGAAAAUGGCAUGGAUGUGGCUAUAGGAUUUCAUUUUCAUCAAGGUUCAGUAGUUUUUAUGGUAAUGCAGUGCUUCAACUCUACUCUACUGUUUGGGUCAUGCAAGCAACCCUUCUUGAAGCCGAAGUGAUUAGGGAGUAGGCUCCAUGUUUUUUCACAGAUACCAUUCUGUGGCUUACAGAAAUAAAAACAACAUGGCAACAUAAAGAGGUUAAAAGGUUCAUCUAAGUUUUAUUGACAGACUUUGCACAGAUCCAUAUUUUGGGGAACAUCCUCCUCUUCUCCUGGUGCAUCACUUGAAUAGUUCCCCAAGUCAUUGUACUGUAAGAGAAUGUACAAAAGUCCCUUUUAAAUCUUUUGCUUUGUGUUUAGUCUUCUUGUCUGGUGUCAGCCAUAAUUUGUGCUAAAAACUGUACAAAGUUCUGUAUUAAGGGGAAAAUCACUACUCGGCAGCCUCCAAUACCUGAUCAAAUAUCAAGUCUAGACAUUCACAGUUUUAGCUGUUGAAACCACUGGCUUAAAAAUGGUAAUACCCAAAGGAGCAAAUCCCUCCUGAAAGGCAAUGUGCUUCUGACUGAUUAAUGUAGGAACUGUGCAACAUAUAAUUUAUUUUGUGUAACUUUUCUAAAUGUUAUUUUAAAUAUAUUAUUGCUGUUCUCUGAAGGUGCUACAACUUUCACUAUCCUAUUUCUGCCAUCCAUAGUCAUGCUUUCUAUAAAAACAAAUAUGUAAAUAUCUUCAUACAGAUGAAUUGUUAUAUCUACUCAGAUUUAUUUGGAAAAUAUUAGAAGAUACUCUUAACUAGUUUGCUCAACAUCAUGAUAGAGGCAGUUCACCUCUAUAAUUGCUUUGCCCAUGAGUGGAAUUAGCUGCAGAGGAUUUUCUUAGAAAUAGAUGCAUUUAGAGCCCACUGUAGAAAAACAUACAUCACCCAGCUGGCCAUAUUAAUGUUCAUAAUCGUUACAUUUGUUGGACUUGGUUAACACAGGAUUAGUUUGGUAGUUUAAGUCUAUUAAAUCAAAUGGUGCUAUUAUGUUUUGAAAGGAAUAAUGUAAUAGAAUUCCAGCUCUAACCCUGUUCCUGGCAUAUCAGUGGUCAAAUUUAGGGAUGCACCGAAUCCACUAUUUUGGAUUCGGCCGAACCCCCGAAUCCUUUACAAAAGAUUUGGCCGAAUACCGAAUCCUAAUUUGCACAUGUUUUGUGACAAAAAGUCACGCAAUUUCCCUCCCCACCCUAAUUUGCAUAUGCAAAUUAGGAUUCCGGUUCGGCCUGGCAGAAGGAUUCAGCCGGAUCUGAAUCCUGCUGAAAAAGGCUAAAUCCCAAACUGAAUCCUGGAUUCAGUGCAGCCAUAGUCAGAUUACACUCCAGGACUUUCUAUGUGUAGAUUGAACAACAUACAAGUAAAACCCUUCUCUACUGCCAGUGUUUUGAGCUCCAUGUUCCCAAAAUCCCUAAAUAGAAAAGACAUUUUAGGCUAUGAUGCUGAUGUGCUCUAAAUGUCUUACUUUCCAAAAAGUGGCACCUUUUUUAUUUUUGUUGGAACAAUGCCACCUAAAGAACAUUUUGGAGUAGUGAUAAGCGACUUGACGGAACAGAUUGGCUCAUGGUAGGAUCCCCCUCUCAUUGGUGAUUUAACAUUGCUAACAUUGCUGACCCCAGUUGUGAGACAGGAGGGAGGAAAGGUGUUGGGUCAUAAAGUAUUAGCAGACUUUACGUCAGGUUUGGUCUGAAAAAUCACUACUUGGCAGUGGGAAAGCAGAAUUCAGCCUGCACGUGCUGUUGUAAAUGUGACCUGAUAUUGCAGAGCACCGGACUAGUACCCUGAUUGUCAGUUAAGGAGAUGCAAAGUGAUGUGAUUUCCAGUGACUCUAGGAUAUUAACUGUCUAAACCAAAUAUUAAAUGGAGAAAUAGAAUAAAUGGCAUGUAUAGUGUAUAAAAUAUUUGCAUUUCUGCAGGCAAAGUAUUAAGCAUUCUGGUGUAUACUGUAUAUUUUUACCAUUAUGUUUCAUAGAUUUUUUUUUUUGAUAAUUUUCAGGGGAUUAGAAUUUUUCCUGUAAAGCAGUAAAUUCAUGUGCAGCUGGGGGGGGUGGCAAGGAAUAUUGAACAGGUGUUUAUUUAUGGCCUCGGGGGAUCAUGUCCUUCCUUUGAUGGAUUUCAAACAGAAUAUGGGAGAAAUCAGCUCAGAAAGUUUACCUGAAUUCUUCAUUUGUUUACAUUAAUUUUACAUGAACUUUGUUGAUCAUGCAGUUGUCUUGUUGUGCUUAAUUCAUGUACAGUUGAAUAAUGGGUUACCUCUUUUGAGACUGCAUCUCCCAGAAUUGCUCCACACUGAUUUGCAGUGCUGGUUGGACAUCCCUGCUCUUUUAUCUACAAGUUUAGUGCCCCUUUAGUUUCAGUGAUACAUAAGGACACGAUCUGUAUUAUUUCAUAUAAAUAUCAACUUUCAGUGGAAAGCCUAAAAUGAAUUGUUUUUAAGCAUUUUCUCAGCUGUGUUGUUCUUCAUGCACUGAUCUGUAAUGUGUUUGAUUCCACAGUUGCAGGUAUAGGAAUCAUUUUUCAUGUAUUCUUGAUGAGCCUGCAACUUCUGUUUAAACAGUUGUUUCUGUUAAUGAUGAACUUUGAAACAUACUCAGUUUUUUGCAAAUAGCACAUACAUUUGUAUAUAUAGUCUAUACUUUUUGUGCAUUCAGUUGCUUUUUAAAUAAAGUUUUAAAACUA